GCUCUUUCUCUCACACUGAAGUUGCACCGCGUCUGGAUUUUACCCCCAAAAUCGACCCCCCUCCCCCCAAACCACCGCCAGAAGGCACGCGGGACGACAUGAGAGUCCGAGGCGGAUUACUGCUGCUGGUCUGAGCGAAGCUUGUCUUGAUUUCGGUUCCUUUUUUCGUCUAAACUCGCCAUGGCGGUGCGGUUCUCCAUCCAGGCCAUUCUGGACAGAAAGGAGGAGAGCCGCCAGCUCAAGGGUUUGUUCGCCGAAAGCGCGUGCUGGGAGGAAGGAGAACGGCAGCGGAGCGCCUGCGUGGCGCGAGAACAGCGGGAGGGGUACGAGACCGACUCUGGGCUGAGCGAGGACAACGAGGACGGAGGCGGAGGAGGUGGUGGAGGAGGUGUAGGGGAGAAAAGGGUCUCCCCGAGCGCGAAGGAGAGAGACAGAGCCGCGCUGGAGGAAGAGGAGGAGGAGGAGGAUGAAGAGGAAACCGCGGAGAGCGCGAGAGCGCUGAGCGACUGCGAGCUCUCCAACAGCGUGUGUGACUCCAGUACGGUGGAGGACCCGAGUUGUUGUGAGGGGAGGACCAGCUCCGACCCCCCUAAGCAGCGGAAGAAGCGCUCUCGCGCCGCUUUCUCCCACGCUCAGGUGUUCGAGCUGGAGCGCCGCUUCAACCAUCAGCGCUACCUGUCCGGCCCCGAGCGCGCGGACCUGGCGGCCUCGCUCAAGCUGACGGAGACGCAGGUGAAGAUCUGGUUCCAGAACCGCAGGUACAAGACCAAAAGGCGCCAGAUGGCCGCCGACCUUCUGGCGUCCGCCUCCGCCGCCGCGUCCGCUUCUGCCGCGGGCGCCGCCCCAGGCGCGAGGAGGGUGGCUGUCAAGGUGCUGGUGCGGGACGACCGGAGGCAGUACGCUCCGGGGGAAGUGUUGCUGCGGCCUCCGCUGCUCGCGCUCCCGCCCUCGUGCUACUGCCCUCCAUAUGCAUACUGCCUGCCCGCGUGGAGCCUCUCCGCCUGCGCCACCGGGAACCAGUGACGCAACUUCCUAUUUAUUCUGCAGCGCGAGCUGAGACUAAACCGAUGGACCUGGCAAAAGGAGAGGACUGCCCCAUAUCUCGCUGCGGACUGAUGAUAGCACUUUUUGUGUUGUCCAUAACCCGUGUUCGAAAUGGCACCCUACUCACAGUUCCCUAGUGGAGAAAUGGAGCACGCGCUCUGUUCUCAUACUUGCGCUCUGUAGGCUACACUCGUCUCCUAGGCAGUGCAUACUAACCAAGACACAGACCACCUGCAAGU